CCGCGUCGCGGUAGUGUCGUGUCGUUAGAGCUGCGCUGCGCCAUUGCUCGGUGACAUUUCUCUCACGAUUAUGAGAGACGCGUGUUCGGAGCACUCGGUGUCCGGCGUUCAAGGGAGAACUAGCCGGGUGCAUAAGAAUUUAGUUAGUACGUGAAUCGUCUUACAGUUAUAAUAGUAAACGAAAUACACGGCCGAAUAAUUUGGUACUAAGUUUAUCAAAAACAGGGUGUUACGGCGUCACGGAUUCGAAUUACCCGCCGUAUCGUCGCGAGUGUUUACGGGGCAGGAACUGGAUGUACCAGUACUGUUGGGAGCAUCGUUCUUUCUUAACGAGGUUAUGAUGGUGCUCUACUCGUGUUAUAAGUUACGAAUAUAGAUUCUGUGCGGUGAAUUUGUGUAAACUGCCAUUGAUCUGUAUGACGUACAGUGUAUAACCAACAACGACGGAUUUAAUUAUAAUUUAAAUAUAUUCGUGUGCCACGCUGCGAGAUAGUGCUUAAUACCAAUUCUAACUGAGAUAUUUAUUUUUUUCUCCCACUGUUUGGCUGAUUUGAGACCUGCCGACUGAUUCUCUGCCAGUGACUACGCCGGAUUCUUCGUCACGCACGGAAUACUCGUGGAGGAGAACGCGACAGGUUUCUGCCGUAGAGAGUGUACCCAUAGUUUGAGAGACGAGGAAGGAGGUCUUUCUCGAUUUUCUUCCCGUUUCGCUUGGCGACACGCGAUGAUUAUCCUUGCAGAACGCCCGUCUGUACAUCGCGUGAAUAAGGGUUCCCCGUUGUAAGCAAGUGUACUGUUUUCUGCAAACGUCGAGACUUUAGUGCUUCAGCGCCGGUACAGAGGCGUAGGAUCUCUCUAAGGAUAAAUAGUAGAAAGACAGGAAUACAUAAAUAAUUUAGCCGAAGGGCUGGCGCGUCUCUUGCUCCGAAGCUAUCGAUUCUCAUAUCGCGAGUAGUUUAUUGUUUUGUUAUUUCCCUUGAAUAUUUUCGUACGGUUUCGUCAGAACCUACCGUGCAAUUCAGCACAGUUAUUUCAUAUUACUGGCUGUGUUGUCGCGCCGCUGAAAAAAAAAAAUUCAUUUUCAUCGGUUUGCGUUACGGAAUCCUGGCACGUUGAAAAUUGCUCUUCCAAUUUGAAACACGGUUUACUCGAUUACUGUCUAGACUUGCUUUUACUCGGCUACGCCUUCGUAUAUCGAGGAUAGAUUUAUUUGGACUUUUUUUUUUUUUAAAUAAUUGUUUUUUUCCCUUCCAUGCGGAAUGCACGUUGAUUGUAUUCGACAUGUGCAAUCGCGGGGCUCUGAUCUCGUGCCGCCACUUGGUCCAGUAUGAAAUAAAAGCAAACGUGGGAAUAUCUCCUCAGUGUGCUAUACCGGCUAAAUAGAGAACUGAUCAGAAAAAACUAUCGUGCGACCCGAGACGAUUGUAUCUCUACGUUCCUUUUCUUAAUCUUUCUCUUAUUCUCUCACAGCAGACUCUGCUAGCUUCUGCUUCUCCUGCACGAUCCUCAACACAGCCACUCACUCCCGCGCUAUUCUUCUUCAUCGAACUUAACCCGUAAUGAACGGAGAACCGUACGUGGCUAUAUUAACGGGAUCGAACGUGCCAGCAAGUGAAUAUCCUCCUGGUAAAAGUGGCUGCUCCCAUGCGAACGGACUUUAAACAGUGAUUGAUAAGCGUGGAGACAAGAGAAAGGGAGGAUUUCGAAUUAACCGGUGCAAACAAGCAUAAAUAAUAAAAAAAAAGAAAAAGUGUCUGAUCAAAGCAAUCUCAGUCGUACGUUAACGUACAAGGGUCUUUGGUAUCGAAAAAAAGAAGAAAAUAAUUUGCAAAUUAAGGAGUGUCAGAUCGUAGCGAUAUAUAUACGAUCGCUCAUAAUUCCCUAUAGUCACGUUAAUGAGUACUUUAGCCAUGUCCCGUCCGAUGGCGCGCGCGUCGAGCGUCGUCUAAGGGUAAACAGUGAGAAACGGCGCGUAAGGAAGUAAAUAAGGUAGGAGACCGAGAGUCUCGGGUGAAACCGGAAAUGACCAUGGCGAGUAACAUCGUGGUGGAGUGGCUGCGUUCGCUUCACCUCGGCCAGUACUCGGAGUCGUUCAUUGACAACGGAUACGACGAUCUCGAGAUAUGCAAACAGAUCGGGGAUCCCGAUCUGGACGCCAUCGGGGUUUUCAAUCAAAGUCAUCGGGCGCGAUUGCUUCAGUCUGUGAAAACGUUGCGCGAGGAAGGUGCCGCGAGUGUUUACUUCACGUUGGAGGAAACAAACGAUUGCCUGUGCGACAACGUGAGCUCCAAGUCCUCCAGAACGUCCUCGGAAAGACCUCCAAGCGACAAGGAGAUCCAGAGAGCUUCGCCGACCGCCAGUUCGUCCAGUGGCGGUCAGGAACUAACCAAGUUCGCCGACGAGUACGAGGAGGGCAAGGCUGAACUCGUGAGGAUCCCCAGGAUGCAGCUACGCAUGCUGCUGCAGGAGAAACUACGACACGAUGGCAUCCGGCUUGCAUGUCAACCUUACACAACACCGGAGGGCGAACGGGGAUACUUGGAGGGACUGGCUUCAAGGUAUGCAGACCUCUUCAGAACGCAUUACGGCGAUGUCCUGGAACCGCUCGAGGAGCUACGGCGCCGCGAAACAAAUGCCUCCCCCAGAAUGGCCAACACUCAACUCACCACCAGUCAUUCACAGCCCAUUUACGUGCCUGGAAAAUACUCGCCAUCGAGCUGUCUCAGCGAUAAAGAAGAAGACGAGAUCUACGGGUUCGGAUAUGGCGUCUUUGGUCGUCAAAUGCUGCAACAGAGACAGCAGAAACUUGCUCUGGCGACACAAAACACAACUGCUGCUGCUCCCGGUGGACAUCAAACGACCUACCAAAGUUGUCUGAGUCCGAGAUCCGCGUUCUUCUACGAAUUCCCGCCCAAUGAGCAAGGCCAGAAUACGAGCAAAAAGAAAACAACUUUCUCGAAGUUGCUCCGAGGGCUAAAGACACACAGGAAAGAAAAACAGGGUCAAACGCAGGGCUCGCCGAGGCACGGUCGUGCCAGAAUGGGUGUACCUCAGAGAGUAGACACACCGGACAGCGUGUUACAAAGUGGCCUGGGUCUAGGACCUGAUAUGGGACAUACGAUUCUUCGGUCAAUGGUCGAUCCAAGGGACUACGAUCGAUUGAGAUAUCUUCAAAUGAACGGCGGUCAACCAAACAGUUUCGAAGAGACCAUACACAGGAUACUAAGAGACAUACGGCAAGGUUUAAUGCAGCUGGGACGAGACGGAAGAGGUCAGCUCCCCGGAGAUGACACUUACAUGUACGACGAGGACGCACGGUGUGGAGGGGCUGGUGGUCUAGGACCUGUUUCAGGAGAUCAACAUUGGUAUGACGAACCACCCUCUGAAUCCGAUCCCGAAGAGUUCCUCAUGGGAGCCAGUGGUGGUCCCGUCCCUACGGCGACCAUUCAAAACGGAAGGGUGUGCUUCACUCUUAACCUUAGACCGGAAAACAGGGGCGAGGGAGUGAUCUCGCUCAGGACCGCAGGCGACAUCAGUCUCCCGCGGGAUCGCUCCCGAAAACCCGCCAUGUCCACCAUGCGGGGUCUCAUAGUUCCUCAGGGUCACAACAACCCUCCGACCAUCAUACCCCUUACGCAUUCGAGAGCAUCCCGCGAGAGCGGCGACUACGCCAGCAGCGACGUUCAGAGUGUGAGCUCGAGACUGUCGACUGUGUCGGUGGACACGAGUAGGAGCGACCAGCUUCCUCUAGGGGGUCGCCACCCUGAGCACCCUACGAGCCACGAGCACCAUCACCACCACCAUUCGGUAUCACCCCGACCCAAUCAACGCUACCCUGCCACAACUAUCACCGCUACCACCACCACCACCAAUAACGUCACUACCAACGCACCAACACCACCGCCACUACCGCCAUUGCAACCCGCGACGCGCGCCAUUCCCGGAUAUAGUCGGAGUAGCGGCGAGGAAGGAUUGUCGCCGAGCCAGAGCAGCGACUACGAGGAUCAAGAAGAAUUAGAGAGUCAACAUUCGGCGGCCGUCCAUACAUCGGAAGCGAGCGCAUUGCUGGAGGGAGAUGCCAGAGCAGGGAUAGCAGGAAGAGCGAGAAAUUUGAGGCACGACGUGCAGCGUAAAAUUUCGAGACUUCGACAGGACAGAGCGUCGUCGGAAGCUUUUCCCUGCAGCGCAAGUAGCGUAGAGAGUCUUCCCAGUGGAAGUGGUUCCAGUACGCAAGCCUUGGUACGAGCCGGAAGUAAUCAUAGCUCUAUAUCCUGCGAGGAUAGGGAUGCCAUCAGUCCAACGUCAAUUGGUCCUGUUCUCUGUAGAGCGAGAGCACUCGUUGAUUAUACGCCUAGUCCUUACGACAAGGACGCUUUGAAGUUCAAGAAAGGAGACGUCAUCGACGUUGUUCAGAUGAACACGAGCGGGCUCUGGAAGGGCGUAGUAAAUAACAGAAUAGGACACUUCAAGUUCAUAAAUGUGGAGAUUUUGAACGAGAGGGUACCGAGAGACCGACGUGGGGAAUCGGAACGCGGAAAGUGGGGUCAAAGGUACAGACAGAAGCCUGGAUCCGUUGAAGAGCUCUUGCAAAGAAUGAAUCUUCAGGAACACAUUUCUGUGUUUGUACUAAACGGAUACGAGGACCUGGAACUGUUCAGAGAAUUGGAACCAGCGGAUCUUGAUUACCUGGGCAUUCAUCAGCCGGAACAUCGCGCUAAGAUACUCACAGCUGUUCAGUUACUUCAUGAUCUACAAUCUGGAAGCGAAGGGGACUUGGCCUCUAGUUCCGAAGGGGAUGAGAUUAACCGGCUGGCUUUAACCUCAGGUCAAACUUCCGGGCAUUGCUCACCGUUCAGCAGGCGACAAUUCCCUCGUGACUCCGGAUGUUACGAUGCUCAUAAGAACUCUACGAGACGCAACAUAAGCCCGGAAACCAAGAAGCUGACAAGGGAGAACAAUCUCGACACGACUUCCCAGAACAAAUGUGGUGAGAAUCCUCUGAUAGAGUCGAAAGACGAUUUUCACCCGAAUAUACCAAUUUCGAGUGGUAUUCAGAAGGAAACUCAGUUCGAGAAGUCACCCCUGUUACGAGGCGGAAAUGUCAGGUUCAUCGCGAAGAGGGGUAACUUUGGUGAGACUGUCGUCAUCGAGGAUGCCUGCGAAGGUAGCCAUAAACUCAGUAUGGUGAAAUACGUCGUAGGCGGAAGUUCCGACCUGGGCCUUGGUUGCGAAAGCGGAAACGCAUCCGCCAGUCUCAGCCAGAGAGGCUGUCUCAGUGAGAAAUCAAGCGACUCUGGCGUGAGUUCAUCUAGUCUUAGCUCGGCACCACCCCCUAGAGACAAAGCACUGGUGGCCGCUGUUGCUUCGGAUUCUCCAACCAAGAACUUUGGCAACUUCAGUCGCGGUUCGCCCACGUCGCAGGGAUCUGGGAAUAAGAGUCAACCUAGCGAUGCUCCGUUUCAGUAAAGCGGAGAAAAAUAAUAGAGAGAAAAGAAAAAUAAAACCCUUAAGAACAAACGUAUAACGGCUACCUACGACCCUUCGAGAAAGGUACGCCACUGAAACUUUUGGGUUUAAAGUGUGCCGACUGAAUGGGGAAUGACGAAAUUCUAAAUAGCUGGAACCUGAUACUUAUUGAUCUGAUGACAGCGUGCGGGGACAAAAUAUACAGGUAGGAAUUUAAAAAAUAAAAAGUCCCUCCUCCAAAUCAACACGUGGAGGGUUCGUAAGGGUUUCAAAAUGUUAUCCAUGGGAGAACAAUAAGUUAUAUGACGUUACGUCCCGAAGCAACGAUCUGUAGAAACGUUAUUAUUAUUAGCCAGCGUCCGUUAUAUUACAGCAGCAAACUAUAGAGACUGUUAAUUAAUUGUCAAAGAGAGAGUUACACGUUUAAUACCUUCGGCGUUUAUUACCCAAUCCCGUAACUACUCUCUCAGGGCGCUCGGACCUCAUCAUCCAAUCCGAAGCUUCGCCGAUCGUUCACCGAAUAAUAAUCGUCUAAGUAAGUUCUAUGUGAUACGAUAGCAAUAGAUUAAUCAAAGAAGUAGGUAGUAACGAUUCGCGAAGUUAAUGAGCGUCAAUCAGAUUCGCACUUGGACGCAAAUCGAAGUGCAAAAUAGAAGAAAUUGAACGAUAGUUACGUAACUUUAUGUUUGACGCUACUGAAAGAAGUAAAAGGUUCGUUUUAAUUAUUUCUCUCUUGGCUCAAAGCCAAGCUGAAAUAUCUGAAUUAAUAAAGUCAUUAAUAUACAAUUCUGAAAAAGAUAUCAGAAUAGUUUCACGCAAGAAAAUGUACAGUUAAGCAUUAAACGCCUCGAAUACUCAUGUGUUAUGUGUAUGUAAAAUUUUUGGAGCACAUAAUUUUCUCAUGAUUUUUUUUUUCCGCAAACGAUAAGUCAAUCAGAUAUUAUCGCAUAAGAGUGUAAAGGUCUUGGAUGAUAUGUAAAUUAGUAGAAUCGAUAAAGAAGCUGCAUGCAUUGAUAUCACAGCAUAUGAAGUGCGUAUGGCUAAUGACGACCGACAAUCUCCACCAUUGCCAUAAUUAGUCCUCCGAUGCGAUGGUGAAUUGUAAGAUACGUGUACAUUGACAAUUACGGGAUGAUUGAAAGUUAAUGAGAAGUUUGUAAAUAGGUAUAUAAUUAUACAUAGAAUACAGGUACCCAUAGUGGACCUAGCGAUGUUUUGUAUCGAACCUACACCUUUGCCAAAACUUAAGAUUAGAGUAGGUAUUAUAGGUAUAUACAACAAUGUUGGAUCUUGUGUACAUCUUUGUAUAGUGUAAAAUGAUACUACGACCGUAGCGAUUGGCGCAAACUAAUGCGAACGAGAAGAAAAAGAAAAAGUGGUUGUAAAAGAAGUGCGGAGCGAAGUUGUAUGAAUGCGAAGCGAGAGAUAUGUAAUUCCUGUAGUAAAUAUUAAGGAAACAAAAAAGAGCCGUAGGAAUCACAUUAGGCCGUGUACAUAUUAGAAACACCCGCAUUCUAAGCACACGAUUCAAUGAUCGACUCACCUCGAAAGCAAUGAACGUUAUGUAAUUAAUUAAGGGUUAAUUAAAGGAUGCAUGCCACCUCUCCAUCAUUAUCUACAUACGUAGGUUAAUAAAUAAGAUACAUGCUUUCCAACGAGUCCGUCGCGCCCUUUUGCUGGCUGCCACUUCGUCAUUAUGAAGCUCGGCCGGUCGAUUGCAUCGAAGAACCAAAACGUCGUGAUCCUUCGAUAAUUUUAUUGAUCGAAUUUCUUUGUCAGGGAUCGAUAACUGUAUCAAUCGUUAAUAAUUUUCGCAGUCUGGGCGAUGCUUUCAUUAUUGCGCAGGCGCCUCAGCUUAACGACACACUGUCCACACUGCCACAUAAAAAUCUCAGCCAAAUUCUGUAUAUAUAUAUAGUGUUACAAGUUUUUCAUCCCCCGUUGACGGGAGAUCAUUAACAUUUUGAUUGGCGGCGAGUCGGGGGAUGGGAAAAAUGUUGUAAAGAAAAUUGAUACAAGAGGGGAGCAAAACGUCAUAGAUUUUUACCAAUUUAAUAUUCGAGCCACCGUAGAAUCCGAUGAGAUAUAAUAUUAAUAUUAAUGGAUACCUACAAUUUGUUAACGACGUACGGGCUUCGGUGAUAUUGCUGUAGAUUAUCCGUUCCAUUAAGUAAAUAGAGUGUGUAGAAGGAGUAAAAUGUUAAUUAGUAACGAGUUUAUGAGAUACAUACUAUUAAUAGAGACAGUCGUGAUUUUAUUAGCUCGGACGAUACACAGCAUUCAAUGUAAAUUCACUCUACGUAGACCUAAUAGCGGUAACCGAAUUAGAUAAAUUAAAUGAUUAAAGUUAGUCAGGAAAUUUAAAUGAUAAUUAUUCCUAAAAGAGGCUAUAAGUCUGUUCUAAUUCACAUACUGCAAACGAAUGGAAACAAAAAAACACGAAGCAAAAAAAGAAACGAAGAAUUGAAAGACGGUUCGAAGACGAAUCGUAAGGGGCUAAAUGAGAAUGAUGACGCUGAUGACGAUGAUAAAGUUGCUAAUUGCCUGGCAUAAAAUUUAAUUAGUUAGUGGUCUAGUCCAUUAUUGCGAAGUAACGAUAUUGUACAUAAAAAUUUAGUGACGAACAUCGCGCGAGAGUCACUAAACUUUUUAUAAACUGAUUUUGUAUUUAUUGAUUAAUUGCGGGGUUAGAGGUUACAAUUAUAAUUCCUUCUCUUUUUUUUUCGUAUCAUUUCGAACGAUAACUGUUAAUUUAUUGACUGUGAAUAGAAAUAAACGAUGGAAGAAUAAAAAAGAAUGUCACUCAUUUAC